AAAAAAUCGGCCUUUUGAAGGAUUAUAAAAGUUAAUCUGGUCGUGAUGCUUCGCACAAUUAGAGAGAGGGAAGGAGAGAGAGACUGGAUCGAGUUUGUUAAUGGGGCGUGAAAUCGAGCUUGAUUGUGGCAGCGAUGCAGUGGAGGAGGAGAAGAUGGUUGAAAUCAAUGUGAGAUUAAUCGGCCCAUGGCCGCCUUCUCGCAUUGCCGUUCCUUCUUCCGUCAAAGUGCAUGAUUUAAGAAAAUUAAUUGCCAAAAUUCACCAUUUGCCUGUUGAGGCUUUGAAGCUUGUUUUACAAGGAAAUGUGUUGCAUGACAACCAAAACGGAGAUGAUAUCAUAGUUCAGCUCAAAAGUGGAGAUUCUUUGACAAUUGCUGUGAAACCAAAGUCUCCUGCCAAUCAUUUACGAGAUGAAUUCGACAAUGAUGAAGACGAGCUGGCCCGUUAUUUUUGGUGGUUUUUAGAAGUUUCAUCUGCCACAGUCAAGUAGUUGGUGGAAAAAGAAGUUUUUCUUUGUAUUACGGGAUAGAUUGAAGCUUCCAGAUAUGUUUUUGAUGGCAAUUUUCUCAAUCAGCUUGAAGAUCUGGGCAAUCAUUGUUGUUUGGUUUAUUCUGGCACCUAUUGCUCAUAGAUUUGACAUUGGACCAUUAUAUGUUUGUGUAGAUGAUAGAGAAAUGAGAAGAGCCACAAAUUAGUUACUUUAAUGGGAAAGUGGUCAAGUUUUUGGGACAACCAAAAAAGGAAAGUUGGCAAAGUCCAAUAGGAUGAAAGGAGUACGCAUAAAGCUGCCAUACUCUUUGGUUUUCCUGUCAUAAUCUCAUUUCACAAUUCAUCUGAUACUUGGGACUGGAUUUGGAAUUAUUUUCUAUAAUCUGGGACAACGGCAGCAUGGGGAACUCAGUGCCUACUCUAUAUUCAAUGAAGAUUUCAGAGAGCUUCCUGGAACUCUCAAUGCGGAUCACUUAGACAGAGACAUUAGGGCAGGUCGGCUUUGAACACCUUAAGUUGACAUGUUGAACGCGUAAAAUAUUCCAUGAGACAACCAUCACUUGCUGAUUAGUUAGGGGCAUAUGGCUAUCAUUGUCUAUUUGUCUAUCAUCAUUAGUUUGGGGUUACAGACAUGCAAUUGUGGAACUUUGCACGUGAUUUUAAAAUACAAUACACGGCCUUCUUUCUGUAGCCCUACAAUUUUUCAUGGUCUAUAAAAGUCAAGAUAUACUUAUUUUGGUGAUGAAUGCGUUGUGGGCUUCUAUAGGUCGUACUUAUUUCUUAAUGAGUGUUUAUUUU